CCCGCUGCACUUGAGGGUUUUUUUUCUACCUAGGUACCUCUGUGGGAGAGGAGGUGGGAAUAGCUGCAAAAGGGGUGAGCUUUGAAUUAGUAAUGGGGAAGCUGUGAUUUUUUUUUUCUUUUUUUUUUUGUUCUUUGAGUGCUCAGUCCUUUGGCACAGCUACGACCUUCAGCCUGGUAAUGUCUCCUCGGGUGAUAUAAGCUAUGAUUGUGAGCAGGAUGAGGGCAACCACCUGAAGAUCUGCAGCUGUGACCCAGAUUGGGUUCUCCCCAAUUUUGCUGCAGUCGGCCCAUCGAGCCCCCCCCGGUAGCCCCACAGCGAUGGAGCACCCCUGCCCACCCUGGCUGAAGCAGUUCGACAAGCCGUCCCGCCUCCUGCUCCACGCGCUCGCGUCGGGCUCGUCUGGGGCUCUGGCUGCUCUACAAGUGCUGCAGCGUGGUCAGGCCGGCGAGGGACCUGGGCAGGCGUUUUCCUGGCAGGCUUUCAUGGCAGUUCUGUGCUCGGAGGAGGCCACGCUGGAAGGGCCAGAGAAGACCCUGGCUGUCAAGCCGCUGCUGCUGCUUCUCCCUGUUGUGUGUCAAAGAAACCUCUUCUCUCUGCUGCACGCGGUGCAAGCCGUGGUGCCGAAGGAUUGCCUCAGCCGGCUGCUUCAGGCCGUGAGACAGGAUCCUGGCGUGGAUCCUUGGGUGCGAACGCUGGGAGAUCUGCUCCAGCAGGGGCUGAGGGGAGAGGAGAGGUCCCUAUCUCCCACUCCCCUGACGGAUGCGUGCCAACAGCAGCUUAGGCGCCUGUGCCAGAAAAUUGUGGGCAAUGACCAGAGCAAACCAGAGGGGCAAAGGAGACUGAACUGGUGCAUCAGCAGAUGGCCUAGCCCUGCUGAGCACACUGGUGACUCCCUAUCCCAAGGUGGGAAGCGCAAGAAAGUGUCAGAAGAAAGCCUGGAGUUGAAAGAGGAGAGACAUGGGAAAAGGUUGCUGCUGGAAGAAGCUGGAUUUGAGCUGUACCUCCCGGGACCCCAAGAGGAGCUGCCUGGGGAGACAUCAGGGGACAGAGCUGCUCAGAGCCCGGUUGGGUCUGCUCUGGAAAGUUCACAGCAGGAUGCAGCCAUGGAGCAGAGUGAGGCCAGGCAGAACUCGCAAGCGGAGCUGGCAGCGGAGGUCCAGUCCUUUCUUCAGAUGCAUGGACCAAGGCUGAAAAUGCUGCUGCAGAUGGAGUCCAAUCGCUUGGAGCUGAGCAUCCCGCCUGAGCUGCACAUCCUGAACAACUGCUCUCCUGGCCAGCUUGAGGGGCUGUGCUCCUUCCUGCAGCUCUCCACCUGCCCAGAACAUCUCCUGGUGCGUUUCUGCACGUGGCUGCUGGGUCUCACCCCUGAUCUCAGCUACACCAGCGCGGCCAUCCUGGCAGAGCAGCUCUUCUUCGCACGAGUCCUAGCGCUCACCCAGCCACCCUCUCGCCACCUCAUGGCUGCCCUUGCUUCGUUCUGCUCCAAGUACGCGCAGCCCUUCUGCCAAGUCCUGGUAGCUCCGGUUCUGCGGGAGCCCAGGGAAGGUCUUGAGCAGACCAAGCUGGUGUGUGAGCUGGUGGAGGAGUGCCUGGAGCCAGAGUAUGUGAGAUUGGUGUUGAGCCAGGUCCUGGAGGUGCCUUUGUCCGAGAGGCUCCUGCCGGUUGUGCAGGCUGUGCUGGGGAGGCAGGAGGUGCUGCCCCCCGAGCUCUUUGAUCUCCUGGUCCUCACUCUGUGCCAGCAGGCCCCAGCCUUUGCCACGUCGCUGAAUUACGCCAAGCUGGUGACAGCUGUGCUCACCUUGUACCAAAGCCACGUCACAGCAGCCCAUCGGAGCCGUCUGUCUGCCGCUCUGGGUCAGAGCAACGCAGCCCUGAAGAAGUCGCUGCAGGCUGUGCUGGAGGAAGCGCCUCCCAGGUGAUGGUGGUGAAGGGGAGCAGCAAGGGAGACUGGUGCCAGCUUCCUUGUGCAGCGGGCGCUCUUUAGAGAGGCAGCGGCUGCAGGGCGCAUCCCUCGCUGGAGCCGCUCGCCAGCGCGGCGGAGACUCCAGGAACGGGCUCCGAA